AUGGACGGCGGCAUGGAUGUUAACCAUCUGACCGCAAAGCUCCUGGUUCAGUGGGACUGGAGGAGCGAAGACCAAAACGGUUCCAUCAGACGCAGAUCCUCCUCACACGAGUCCUCCCCGUGCUCCACCUGCCCCUCUCCGGAGGUUCAAGGCGACCCCAGUGAACUGUUCGUGGAUUUCUCGUACCAUCCUCGCGGAAGAAAAGCUGCCCAGCCGAAAACUGCGAGACCGAAAAUGUCAACCAAGAGGCGCAUGAAGGCGAGCGAGAGGGAGAAGAUGCGGAUGAGGAGUUUAGCUGAAGCUCUGCAUCAACUCCGGGAUUACUUGCCUCCCAUCUACAGCCGCAGGGGACAGCCACUUACCAAGAUCCAGACUCUGAAAUACACAAUCGAGUACAUUAAAGAGCUCUCGGACAUUCUCAACCAAGAAUGAGACAACGAUCGACAAGCUUCGGUUUGAUUUAUGGACAUUUUUCAACUAAUUUUAUUG